CGUUGAACCGUAUUCCAACCGUCACAAAAGAAGUGAAGCAGCGAGUGGCGACCACCACUCGAAGAAGAAGAAGAAGAAGGAGGAGAAGAUUUCUAUGGUGGUCAUGGAUUUGGUCCUCCUAUCUCCUCCUUCCAAAUCCGUCUUCCUCUCCUCCUCCGUCUCCUCCUCCUCCUCCGCCGCCGCCACCUCCGCAGCCUGCCGCCCUGCCGUCAUUCUUCCGGGGUUAGGGAACAACACGGGGGACUACGGGAAGCUGCAACUCACUCUCGAAGGCUUCGGCGUGCCCAGCGUCGUCGCGAAGGUGUCACGACUCGAUUGGUUCAGGAACGCCGCUGGCUUGGUCGACCCUAAUUACUGGCGCGGCACGCUCCGCCCUCGCCCCGUCCUCGACUGGUACUUGAAGAGGGUCGAUGAAGCCGUGCGAGAGGCGAAGGAGCUGGCUCAAGGUGGCUCCCUAUCUUUGAUUGGACACUCAGCAGGAGGAUGGUUAGCACGUGUUUACAUGGAAGAAUUUGGAGUGUGCGAUAUAUCUCUGUUAUUGACUCUGGGCACUCCUCACUCGCCACCCCCAAAAGGACUUUCUGGGGUUAUAGAUCAAACAAGGGGUCUCUUGGAUUAUGUUGAGAAGAAUUGCAGAAACGCUGUGUAUACUCCAGAACUGAAGUAUGUAUGCGUUGCAGGAAGGUACAUACAAGGUGCUCGUAUAUUCGGUGGCUCAGAGAUCAAUGUUGUGUCUGCAUUUCCAGUUGAUGGAGAUCAAUUGAUAUCCGAGGUUUCUAUUGCUGAUGAUGUAGAAAGUGCAACAUUAAAUACGUCCACUUGGCGUGCCCGCUUUGUUGGGCAGGGGUACAAGCAGGUAUGCGGGCAAGCAGAUGUAUGGGGAGAUGGAGUCGUGCCAGAAGUAUCAGCUCAUUUGGAGGGUGCGCUGAACAUCAGCUUAGACGGGGUUUAUCAUUCGCCUGUUGGUUCCGACGACGUAUCCAGACCAUGGUAUGGUUCUCCAGCUAUUGUUGAAAAAUGGAUAGAGCACCUCGUCAAUUGAAUUUUAUCCAACCAAUUGAGCAAACUAGGCAAAGAAAGCCUCCACAUUAAUUUAGGACAAAACUUCUCUAGAUAUGAUUUAUCAUUGAUGUUGAUCGACCACUUGUGUCACUUAAUUUUCUGCAAUAACUGCAGGCGUGUUAUCCGAUAAAUCCAUCAUUUGUAUAUCAGUGUAGAAUGGGGUGUUUCCCUUGUUGAAUCGGGGCAACUCCCAUAAGCUCAGUUGUUGUCUCAAUGAUUCUGUUGUUGACCUA